UUGUGAACCUACUCCUGACAGGUUUUGAGAAAAGUUUAAUUGAUCAACUAUUACCGAUCGAGCUUGAACUGGCACCAUUUUGACAGGUCAAUGUCUCGUUUCUUUUCCAGUCCUUAAAUAUUGCCAUGUCAUGCUGCAGUCUUGCAAUUAUGUUGCAGCAUUUCUGACAGACUCAAAAUCAAUAAAGAGUUGUGUUCAACAGAACUGAUGCGGUUGAGCCGGCGCAUAACACACAUCAUAACCAAACAUUAUGUGAUUGGCUUACGUUUACACCAAUGAUUUUAAACUUCAGACUAGCGCCCCCCCCCCCAAGAGAAAGUAAACGCUUGUCAAUUAUACCCUGCCAGACUCUGUCUACGAAGCAAAGUGAAGUAGCAGAGGAUGGUAUUAUCAGGCUAGUUAUGCUAGUAUAUGUUUGUGUGAGUUACUGAGGAUUACUGACUAUCACACAAGUAGAUGUGAUUUCAAGUUUAGACCGUGAUCUAUUCAGUGACUGUAAAGCUCUGCAGCACAACUGAUCACUCACUGUCUCUAUGUGUCAGACUUAUGACUGAUCUCAUCACAGCAUCAUUUCACAAUACAAACAUCAUCUGAACUUUAGAUCUAAAAUGUUGUUUUUCGUGUCCUGUAGAAGUGGGUCAGUGUUGAAAGAUGGAGUCUGUUUCAGAGCUCAAGAACACACUAGAAGAACUGGAUGGACCUGGUCUGAAACACUUUCAAUGGCACCUGAGGAAUAAUUAUGGUAUUUCAGCUUGUAAACUGGAGAAUGUAGAUGUCUUAGAUACAGUAGAUAAGAUGAGAGAACAGUAUGGAGCAGAAAAGGCUGUGAAGGUCACAAUUGAGAUCCUGAGGAAGAUGAAGCAGAACGAGUUGGCCGAACAGAUAGAAAAUAAACACAAGGAAGUUACAGUUGACAGAAAAGCUAAUGAUAGUGAUUACAGCGAGCUCAGCAACAGACUGAAGGAGUCCUUAAAACGGCGCUAUGAGAAAAUAUUGGAUGGUAAUUCACAGACUGGCCAUGUAAAACGACUGGAUGAUAUUUACACUGAUCUCUUCAUAGUAAAGAAUGAGACUGGAGGAGCAGUGAGUGAGCAUGAAGUGAGACAGAUUGAAUUAAAUCACAACCGAACUCCUGCUGAGGACACACCCAUCAAAUGCAAUGACUUAUUUAAAGUCCAGUGUGAUGGACAAAACCGAAAAGUGCUGACGAUGGGCAUCGCAGGUGUGGGAAAAACUGUAUCUGUCAAAAAAUUCAUCCUUGACUGGGCUGAAGGAAAAGAAAAUCAGGAAAUUAUCUUUGUUUUUCCUCUGCCCUUCUGUGAUCUGAAUAUGAUUGAAGAGGACUGCAGUCUAAUGGAUCUGAUUCACAAACACUUUAGCUGUGUUAAACAACUCUCAUCAUUACCUGAAGAUGAAGGUAAAGUCAUGUUCAUCUUUGAUGGCCUGGAUGAGUGUCGAUUCCCAUUAACAAUUAAGAAGAGUAAGAUAUUGACAGAUGUUCAUAAAAAAACAACAGUGUGUGUCAUCCUUACAAACUUGAUCAAGGGAAAUCUGCUUCCUUCUGCUCUCAUCUGGAUCACCUCCAGACCAGCAGCAGCCCAUCAAAUCCCUCGAGAAUACAUUGAUCAGGUGACAGAGGUCCGAGGAUUCAACGAUGAGCAGAAGGAGAAAUACUUCACCAAAAACAGCAAUCCUGAUGUGGCAGAGAAAAUCAUUUCACACAUGAAGAAAUCCAGGAGUCUUUACAUCAUGUGUCACAUUCCUGUCUUCUGCUGGAUCUCGCUCUGUGUUUUUCAGCCUCUGCUGACUCAAGAGGAUCAUGAAAAAAUUCCCACAACCCUCACAGGGAUGUACAUUUACUUCUUACUUACUCAAAUAAAACAGAUGACAGACAAAUACAGUGAUGAUCUUAAAUCUAUUGAAGAUGUUAUUCUGAAACUGGGAAAACUGGCUUUUAAACAGCUUCAGAAAGGAAACCUGAUUUUCAACAAAAAAGAUCUUGAAGAAUGUGGUCUGGAUGUCAGUGAAGGUCUGGUUUACUCUGGCUUAUGCACUCAAAUAUUUCAGACAGAAAAGCCAGUUUCUGGGAUAAAUGUCUACAGUUUUGUACAUCUCAGCGUUCAGGAAUUUCUUGCUGCUCUCUAUGUGCUUAUCAAAUACAAAGAUACAAAAACAAAUCCUUUCCUUCUCACGCUGGGUGAAAAACUGAAAUGGAAAUUAAAAUUGACCUUCAUAAUUGACCUUCAUAAGACUGCAAUUAAAAAUGCUCUUCAGAGCAAGAACGGACACCUGGACCUUCUCCUUCGGUUCCUCAUGGGUCUUUCAUUGAAGUCCAAUCAGAAUGAGUUGAAAGAAUUUCUGCCCAAACUGAAGAUCACAGAUGAAGAUGAAAAUAUGAGAGAGACUGCUGAUUAUAUCAAAAUGAACAUUAAGGAAACAGAAUCAGCAGAGAAGAGCAUCAAUCUCUUUUACUGUUUGAGUGAACUAAAAGAUAAUUCACUGAUCACAGAAAUCCAGACCUAUCUGAAUUCAGGAAAUCUUUCGUCUCAAAAGCUCUCAUCUGUUCAGUGGUCAGCACUAGCAUUUGUGCUGCUGAUGUCAGAAGAAACUCAAGAGACGUUUGAGCUGUGGAAAUACAGAAGAUCUGAUGAAGCUGUGAUUCGACUUCUGCCAGUGAUCAAAAACACCAAAAAAGCUGAGUAAGUUUUAUCUCAACAUUCAUUCAUAUUAGUAAAUUAUCAAAACAAUAGUUUGUGGCAGCAGUAAUGUUUAUUAUUUCUUUAGAGUAAUCAAUUCUCUGUUUGUUUAAUUGAAUUAAAACAUUUUAAUAGAAAUGCUACAUUUAUAAUACAAACCACAACAAAGAUCUGUUGACUAUAAACAAAGCAGCAGCAAAGGUUUUUUUGCAGCUCAAUAAAUAAUGUUUAUUGAAACUAUCAGAAUAUUUUAAAGAGAAACUCGGAUGGGGUUUUAUAGCUGCCUAAUUGUUAAAGAUUCACCAGGGCUGCGACAACACGUUG